AUGGACUGGACACUAACAAAACCGACCCCCUUCGCAAAGUCCACCUCCGUAUGGAAGCGGAUGAUUGGUUUCUUUCGCAAGAGAUCACUCACAUCAACCAACGCGCCUUGUUCUUCCCCGCUUUCUGGAGGUUCUCUCAGAUGGAUCCGCGUGAGAAGCUGUCGUGGUUUUAGAUUGCUGCAAGUCAUAUACCAUCUGAUGAAGGAUGAAGCCAAGAAGUACGAUGUCUCCGAUCAGCCAGACCUCUUGAAGGCCGCGGAGCGUUGGCGAUUUCCUUACUGGGACUGGGCCCUGAAGAAGCCCAACCCCACGAACCCCAAUGUUCCAAUGUUCUUGGGUUUGAGGGAUGUCGAGAUUAGGCUUCCAAACCCUCAAGGAUUUGGCUUAUUUCUGAAUGCCUUCUAUCAAUGUGAGAUGGCUAACGGCAUCGCCAUGGGAGAUGAGAUCCUAGGGGAGCUGAAAAUUACAAAACACAAGGAGGAUGGCAUCACCUAUCCCUUUGACCUGUGCAAAGGUACGAGUCGACAACCUCAAGCCGCCUCUACCGAUGACGAGUGGGUCAGAGGCCAACAAAACAAUGAUUUGAUUGUAGAAGGACUCCGCGACACUAAGUGGGAAGAGCCCAGCGAGAGCAGUCCCGGGGGGGAAGGUGUCCGAUUGGGAAACAUGACGUCUAGUCUACGAGAUUCCUUCUAUCGCGUUCUCACAAUCGACAACUUCGAGGCAUUCGCGACGAAACGUGCUCCGGCUAAGAACCCAGGGGAGGAUCUCUCCUAUGAUUCAUCUGAGCACGUGCACGACAGUGUCCAUGGAUGGUGUGGUGGAUCCAAGCCGCCUUACACCACCCAUGAUCUCACUGUUACCAACUAUCUGGUGGGAGAGGUUGUCAACUUGUCGGCUGAAACACCCGCAGAUGAAUCGACUCCUGGCUGUGGUAGCUGCCGCAAUCAGGAGAUGGAUCGUGCCAAGGCCACUGGUCGUGUCAUUCUCACCAACGCCCUGAUUACUCGUUGGAAGAACGAGAUCCAUCACAACAAGGCACCUCACGUGCUCCAAAGUAUGGAGCGUGAGGAUGUGGUUAACUUCCUCAAAACCAACUUGCACUGGCGCGUGACCUCGAUGGGCCAGCCGGUCGAUCUCAACCGUAUUCCGUCGUUGAAGGUCUCCCUGGCCGUCGGAAAAGCGCAGCACUGGGCUGACCGGACCAAGAUGUCGAGGUUCUACGACUACCAAGGAGUGUUUGAGGUCACUGAGGGGCGUGACGGAGGUGCUGAGGAGAGAGAUGGCAUGUACCCGCCAGACGCUUUGUAUAGAACUUCUGACUAA